CUAACUAACUAGUCUACCGCGUCCCCCCAGCCUCGUUUCUACAAUCCCAUCUUCUUCAACCUCCUCCUCCUCCUGCCCCCCAUUGAUGUCCCCGCCUCUCUCGCUGUUGUCUAAUGCCUCUACAACGGGCCCCAUCCUAGCCCGGCCAUGUUUUCCGCCCAUGAUCAUCAGGGCCCGAGUUAUUGGGGAGUGUUGAUCAAUGCCGAUAAGAGUCCGGCCCCGCUGCUGGAACAGCUGUGUCUGGAGAUUGCUCGCAUCAUCACAUCCUUUGACGACUACGCUACCACCGACCUCACUCCAGAACGAUUGGCAGCUUUUUAUCGCAAGGUGGGCGGCAACUACGACGUCCUCUUCCUCCAGACCAAACCGUCCGCGCUCUCCUUCAUCUACCAGCGACUAGGAUGCUUUCAUAGUAUUCAGCCAACCUCCGAUCCCUACAAACCCCCCGCUAUUCCCGCCCUGCAGCCGAAUGGCUUCGUGCGAUGGCAGACCAUCCAGCUCCUUCUCGAUCCGGACGAGCAUUGUCAUUACCUCCAGAAUGCGGUCGAAUUGUGGGACAUUGAAACUCCGAACGGGGAGUUCUUUCCCAAACAAAUCCCCCGGGAAGCUUUUCCAGACAGACCAGACCCGGAAAUGGUAGAAUGGCACGAGUCGGUCAGUCGACGCUUCGAACUCGACUACAUUAAGAGAAAUAUCCUGCGUGCAUCUCCACCGAACUUUGGAACCUACCAUUCUCAUUUUUCCAACAAAGACCUUCCAUUCACCAAAGAAGAGUCCAGCCCCCCGGCGCGCCGUCGCUCAUCAACACAUCGCCCUCACCUGGUUCCCGAGGAACCUUCCCCUCCUAGUAGGCAUCAGAGACGUCGCAGCGGAGAGUAUCCACCGUCAGCCACCCGUCGGGUUCAGUCAACAUACUUCCCCCGCGCACCAGACGUUGAGCCGCCUCGUCGAGCUCCUUCACCUCCAAUGUGGGCCAAGUCUGCUCCCAAACCAAGAGGUCGCGAUCGCACGCCGGCGUAUUCCCGUCCCGUCAGUCCCAGUACAUUGCCAGGAAAUAGUGCAUCCGAUGCGUCAUCCGAGGACUCGGGAGGUGCAGUGCGCCGCGCGUCUCCCAGCGCUAGUCGACACCAUCGUCAUCUGCGUCCCGAUACUCCGCAACACUAUUCUCACACUCGCCGCCAUUCACAUGAAUCCUACGCCAGGAGACCCGAGCGAGCAUUCUCCCCAGAUGAUCAGCGACGAUACAUGCAUCGGGACAUGUACAAUGCCAGCUCGGCCAGGCCCUACGACUCCGAUGGUCCGCGUCGGGCACGCUCAUCGAGGGUAUAUGCUGAGGAGCCGGUCCGCCCUCCCCGGACUCCAAGGCCAACGUUCCGCGACCACGUGUUUAGCGAUCCAGCAGCUGUCCCAGUCAACCAUGAAGUGCCAGUAUACACGCACAUGCACCCUCGCUACAUGGAAAGGAAUGGCACCUACCCAGUCCGACCGCCUCCCCCACCCGACGUCGACAUGCGCGCGGGCGAUGACGGCCGACGAAAUUACAGAGGGCCUCCCGUCAACGCCAACGCAGCUGGUUUCGGUACUUCAGCAACACCGGAGCGUCCUCGCUACCCCUCAGGUGGCUAUCGGCCCCAGAGAUGGGCCAAUCCGGUACAGCCAUCGCCAGCCCGAGGAAUUGCAGUAGGUAUGCCGGACAUGGAAUAUCCUCCACGAAGCCGACGGUCCACUAUGUAUGACCGGUGAACAACAAAACAGCCCUUUUCUACACCUCCAAUAAGAAUGCUUACCCCUACCCCGAACUCCAUCUCUAUGCACGACAGCAAAGAACGAUACCUCCCUAAUCAAUACACAUUACCCGGACUACAGUACUACGUUACAACCCUUGAAGAAUGACGCCACGCACAGCCAUUAUUGACGAUAGCGAGAACGGAGCGGGAUAAGAAUAUACAAAUGAUCGGCGUUUUACUUGCUUGGGCGGCUACCUGAAUGGCCAAUACCCCACAUCUGAAGAUAAUGCCACAUGAUACGAUACGAUAUGAUAUGAUGAGCUGACGGACCUGAUGGCGACCAGCUAUGUUACGAUUAACGACGAUACGAGUAUUUUUUUUAGAGAGUUAGAUGGAGUUCUGCUGUUCCUCACUCUUCUCUCUGUUGUUUUACUUUACUUUAUUUGAAUCCAUGGGUCACCUUUCUCUUUUACCCAGUUAGUAAACGCUACUUACCAUAUCAUAAAUAUCAGAUAAUCCAAAUUGCUUCCCUCUACCAAAGGGAGGUCUUAAUAU